AAUACACGUCACUCGGACAUACGUCACGUGCGCGUCACACAAACGUAUAUUCAAUACACGCAUCAUGUACGUGAUUCACAUGCACGCACACGUAUGCCACUUACAAGUACCCACACGAGCACCACUCACAAGUGCGUCAAAUACAAGUACGUCACGUACAUGUGGACCACACGCACACCACCGCAGUGCACCAUACAUGCAUGUGACAUACACGUGUGCGAGACGCACAUACGCAACACACGUGCGCAUCACGAACGCGUCGUGAACACAUACCCAACAUAUACUUCACACAGGUCACACACACCUGCAUCACAUACAUUACGUGUAGUUCACAUACACAUCACGUACAAGUUGUAG